AUGGUUAUGCACAAGACACCAUUGUCAUACCCCGCAGGCUCUUUGCCGCAGCCUGAUUUCUCUUCUGAAACCGUCUCCACGCAACCCAACCUGAUACCCGACUCGACUGAACUGCCUCCCAUUACAAGAUCUCCAAGGGACAGACAGGGCGGCUUUCAGGAUUCUCACAACCCAUGGUCAGAUGUGUCAACGCAAGAGUUGCGAGCAGAUCGACCGUUGCCGGACAUUUUGAAGGCAGGUUCUGCCCGGACGCAGUAUGACACUGCACCCUCGCCCGUGCAAACCUCUCUAUCGAACAUUCCAAACGUUUUACGAGCAGGACAGUCUCAGGGAGACACGCCGAGAUCGUCAUCGGACAGUGACCGGUCGAAGGGUUUCUGGGAAGAAUCGGAUGAAGAAGAUGGAAGUAACAAGAGUCCCGAGAGACCUACAGCGUCAGUGCCAAACAUCGAGACUAGUCACGACCCGUGGGCGAAUACGGAGGCUGCAGAGAAGUCUCCUGAGAUAAGGAGAAAACCAGUUGCUGGUGGUCCACGUCUGAGUCCAGGAUUGUCUACACCGGAAGCAGAUACAGCGUUUGCUUCUAAUAAUCCGUUUAGGCGGCCGUCACAUUCUCAGUCGAUAGAGGAUGGUGCUCCUCUUCCCCAGCCUUAUUGGGGUCAGAGUAACCCUCAGGAGACCAAAGGCAAGGAACCUGAUAGAGGAGAAGCUCAUCAUGUUGUGAAUCAUUUUCAGGACCUCAAAAUUGGCAGCACGCCCACGACUCUGUCACCCUACGACGCUUUCACAUAUCCAGAUCUAGCAACAGCAAAAGGGCAAGAUGAGAUACCGACUUCACAACCUCCCAUGCCACAGGCUCCUCCUCCUCCUCCUCCACCACCACCACCACCUCCGCAUACAGAGCCCUUCUCUCCCUUUAGCUCACAGCCUCCACUAAUUCCCGCCUUGUCCGAGUCAAAUAGUAUAGACAACCCGUGGGUGUCAAAUCAGAAUCCGGCUCCCUCGGUAACGCCACCUAUACCGUUCGCUCCAUCGCACAAACAAGUCUCGACUUACAAUAAUGACUUACUAGACCGUGGUCCGCAGAAUACCGGAGUUGUGUCGCUCAAGGACAAGUUAGAGACCCUGCCGAAUGCUGCCACUACUGAGCAAGGCAAUCUUGAAGAGCCUUCCUUACUGGAAGCAGACGAUGACAAUCGACCGCCUCUGCCAAAACGACCCUCCCAACGUUCGGACACGGAAUAUUUCGAACCGCCUGAGGGGCCACCACCGCCAAAACCUCCGCGGCCGAGCAUACGUAUGACAGUACCCUCGGAUGAGGAGGUCGCAAAGAUGAUUGAGCAGCGGAAUGAGACGUAUCAGAUCAAGCACUUCAAUUGGUUCGAUCACAGCUCUCGUAGACUGCGGAGAUCUUCAAUGUUGACGCAAAACAAGAACGGGCCAUGCCCGCUACUUGCCCUUGUCAAUGCUCUGAUUUUAGGGGCGCCGAAUGAGUCCCAAGCGGUUCUGGAUGAGGCCCUUCGGUCACGCGAGCAGGUAACGCUGGGCCUUAUCAUCGAAACCCUGAUGGACGAGCUGCUGUCUCGCGGAUACGAAAACGUAGGAGGAAACCUCCCUGACGUGGAUGAGUUGAAUAGUUUCUUGAUGCGACUACGCAGCGGUAUGAAUGCCAACCCAAGAUUUGUUGCAGCAUCCGCGCCAACUCCGAAUCUAUUAGACCUAGACGAUUCCAUGACUAGCAUGCCCCAAGAUGAUCGAGAACGAUCAAAGCUAGGAACAUUCGAGUCCACCACCGAUAUGAAGCUCUAUGGUGCCUUCUCGGUUCCUCUUGUCCAUGGCUGGCUUCCAGAUCCUGGUUCUGAUGCACAUAGGGCGUUUUCCCGGUCAGCACAAACCUAUGAGGAUGCUCAAGCCCUACUUUUUGGUGAGGAGGAACUAGAGUAUAAACUCACGAGACAAGGCUUGACGCCAACAGAACAGAAUAUGUGGGAAGACAUCAACGCGAUCAAGCAUUUCCUGGCUACCUACCCCACCCAAUUGACACCGACUGGCUUAAAUGCAGUACAAAAUUCGAUACCUUCAGGAAGCUUUGCCAUCAUGUUUCGAAAUGACCACUUCAGCACAAUCUACAAGCAUCCUGAAAGCGGUCUCCUGUUCGCAUUGAUAACCGACGCUGGAUAUGCGGAUCGUGAUGAGGUCAUCUGGGAGAGUCUCGUUGACAUAACAGGCACACAGAACGAAUUCUUUUCGGGUGACUUUAUGCCUGUCAGCCACAGUGACGGUGCGAAUGAUUCUCGAAGGCAUCCAGCUUCACGGCGAACAUCUCAAAUGAUGCCACCAAAUGAUACAGGAUCUGUGAUGCCACUAUCACCACAAGAACAACAAGAACAACACGACGCAGACUACGCCAUGGCAUUACAGCUACAGGAAGAGGAAGAACAGAGGCAGCGAGCUGAUAGAAAUCGUCGCAGAAGCACUCCCGCCACCCCAGGUACCAACACCAACAGUAGUGGCCAUAACAAUAAUGGCAUUGGCAUUGGCAUUGGCAACGGCCAUCCUCCGCGACGGUCUUCUGGUAAUAUUCCUAUACCACUGAGGUCACAGCCAGAGGUACGACCAGUCAUUCCACCACGCAAUGCCCAUACUACUAAUCCAGGAGUCAAUCGACCUGUUGAUCCGUCAGAUGAGGCCCCACCACCCACGUACGAUGAAGCUGCCAAGGGCCGACCGUAUAUCCCUCCAGUCGGUAGUCCACUUCAUCCCACAGCAGAGCCCAGCCCAGCGAACUCGAACACCCAACUUACAGGGACAAUUAGUAACACUCCCGGCCCAAGCGUGGACCAGCCUCAUCCACCGGGGCCGAAUGCUCCAAACGGGGCCGGUAGAAGACAACCUGGUCGGAGACUGAGUGCGUACACCGAAACGACUUCGUACUACUCGCCGCAGCCGCAGCGUAUACCGGGUGGGUAUAUGCCUCAGGGCGUUGGUGGGGGGCCAUCGAGGCCUGCCAACAUGCAAGGUCGGGACCGAGACUGUGUUGUCAUGUGA